GUGGGAGCUGCAAAUGAAGCCCCAACCCUAAAGUUGUCAUUGGCAAUUGGAUGACGAAACAAUUGCGACGAGUCGAGUCGAAAAAUUAAGCAACAAAACAAGAAAAAUCUAUAAAUUGAUUAAAAAGUAUACACUCAAGGGAAAAACCCUGGAAAAUGCUGCUGCCCACGGUCAGAUCCGGUGGCAAGUGGAGUUGUCGCCACAUCUGGGAAAUGCUGAUAUCGCCCAUAUCACCGCGCAAUCUGCGCACCACAGCACUUCUGACGAGCAUCUACCAACUGCUCAUCGCGCAUUCCAUACUGUUUGUGGUCCUCUUGUGUCUGGCACAUGCGGAGCAAAUGCGUCAUCUGCUGGAUUUAGAUAUAAUAGAUCAGAAGGAUAGUGGAUUCUAUAAUAUGUCACCCUUUCACAAUGAUAUGCGACUCAAGACGGCGGCUCAGCUGGCGGAUGCUACUGAAAAUGCUCUCUAUGUACUGGCUAGUAUUGCGACUAUCUAUACACUGAGUACCAUAGCUCUAUUCUUCGGGGUAUAUAAGAAUAAGCCGGGUCUUAUUAUACCAUGGCUGGUAAUUGAGUUUAUGGGAGUAAUUGCAGUUGGCGUUUUCAUAUUCAUGCUGAAGGAAACGAAAUUGCCAAUGAUAUUUGGUGGACAGUGCCCGUAUUUUAUAAUCUGUUAUUCAUUGCUCUGCUUGGAUGGAGUCAAAUGGUAUGUGAUGCACAGUUUUUAUCAGAGUCUACGCACAAUGAACAAAUUGCGAGAGAUUGCUACGGUGGCCAUUCCUUGCCCUGCCCCUGGAUCUAUUCCCUAUCAGUUCCGUCGUGAGCACAUGUACUUGGGCAGCAACGGAUAUAAGCACAUUCUUACCGAAUCCCCGGAUGGACAGUGUUAAACCCAGACAACGAAUAAACUUUUUACAAAUGGUCAAUCCCCCUACCCCAACGCCCCAAACUUCCAGCAUCAAGUGUCUUAAAUUCAGUUUGUUUUUUAUUUAAAAUUUAAGUUUUGAAACGUGUGUGAUAUGGAAUAACCACAGAUAACUAUUUUAUAUAGAGAACGGAUCGAGAGGCAGAUGUAUUUGUACACAUACAAAGAAUAUAUUCUUACAGCAAAUCAAAGAUAAAUCGAAAACUAUCAAAUAUGUAUUAUGGAUGCUAUAGUGCUUAAACCUCCCCAAAAUCUCUUAAUCUUAUCGUGUAGUGGUUGUUAAAAAUGCAACUUGAUUUUUAUUUAACUUAAAUAAAUUUUAAAAAUAAAAA